UAAAAACAAAUAACCGGAAUAUAACCGGCUUUACACAAAUCAAUUGCUAGCACUUUCCUUUCUCCCGGACUUCCUUGAUGUGCUUCAGACAUGGAGUCAUGGACAAUCAUUGCGACGUCAAAUCAGCGAAUCCAAUUUAAUCAAUGUGAAACUAUGGUCGUAAAAGAAACAAAGAGAACCAUCCGGACAUCUCUUUCUCUGGUGAUGCUCUUGAACAUGGAACUGUACAUUGGAACACCACGUGUUUGAUACACGAACCCACAUUGUUUCUAUUCUCCAGGCAUCAGAGAGCAUGCAGCCGGGAGUGCGUUGAAUUCAUUUCUUCAAAGACGUGCAGAGAACAUCAAGAGAUCCAGGACCAAUCCUCCAGUGAUUGCCAAUGUUGCAAUCGCUCUUAAUGACAAUGGGCAAAAUAUCUACCCAUAAACAUGGAUAAGCAGGGUCUAUGGUGCUAAAUUUUCAAAAUUACUAUCAGCCUUAUCUCGAUUUCAAGAUCUGCUCAGUUAUGUGAUGGCUUGAUUCUCAAUUUCAGUCAAGAAACAGAAUAAAAAUCAUUGCCAGGGUUUAUAUUUUUGUGCGUGUUUCGUCGCUUGCUCUUUCAGCCGCUUCAUCUUUCCACUCUCUCUCUACAAAUCAGAUGGUAAGCUUCUUCAUCAUUAAUCUGUGUGUAUAUGUGCGUGUAUAUAUGAUAGUUGAAUGUGUAUUAAUGUAAUGGCUAUUGCAGGCACCUAAGAAAGAAAAGGCACCUCCCCAGCGCUCUUCCUCUCCCCCGGUUACAUAUAUGUGUGUUAUUUGGUCAUAUUUGAUAAUGCUAUCUUAAGCCCUGUUUGUGACCUAAUUAACUGUUGGUUUUAACAAUUCGUAAAAAAAUUAUCCAAUAAAAUUAGUUCAUAUUCUGUAGACAUGUCGUAAUAUGUAGUUGUGUUUUCUGGCAAAAAAAAAUCAUGUAGUUAAAAUGUAUAAGCUGGGACAUUGCGCUUCAUCAAAAUUUGCGGCUAUUGAGACUAUAUAAGUAGUGUAGUAUUGGAACUGAAUUAUUUGCCCGGUUCUUAUUAUAAUUUUGUACCUGAACUAGACAGGGAGAUCUAAUAAGAAUGUGUUUUCACCUGCACACACAUUUUUUUGUUUAAAACAUUGGGGAACAUGUAAAAUUAUGAGAUUGAACUAGCUGUGCUAGAGAUGAUGUUUUAAUGUGUGUAUCUGUAUGUUUUUACACGAUUUAUGAUAUCCAAAGUAUGUGUUUGAUUACUGUUGUAGAAAUUAAUAUUGUAUGUGUCGUUAUUCUGUAUAUUCUUAUCAUCUAUGUUGGGAUUUAAGAUCUUAAUCUCUGAUUUAUCACAUUAAUUUUACAGGUUUUGGUAUGAAUUCUAAUCUCAAUUCUUGCGGUGAACAACAAAAUGAAUUAGAAUGCUAUCUCCAUCCCAAAACGAACAUAUUAUUGCAUCUUGACUUUCUCAGAAGACUUCGUCAAGCUUUAUUGAUAGUGGCCAGAAUUGUAUAAGGUGUACAGGUGCUCUACGAUUGGUUGCUUCUGUUGCCCGUGCAUAAGCACAAUAAUCUGGCCAACAAACUUGAGAAAUCGGAUCGAAGUUUGUCACCCUGGUCGCGAUCAUAUGGUGGUAGCCAGAAUCAUAAAAGAAUACACAAAAAUACAUAGAAAUUCUAUAUUAUUCUCUGCCGAGAGGCUAAUUCCAUGACUCAAGUCUUUGUCAAGCAGAAUUUUUCAGGUCAUAAAUUGAGUUGUUUCGAGGAAGUUGUGUUUUUAACACUAAGCCCAGUAAAAAUCUACACACAUUUUAUAAUGUCAACAAAGGGACUGGAUUAUGAGUCCCUGAAUGAAAAUAUGAAGAAUACUCAAUAUGCUAUCAGAGGUGAGUUGUAUCUUCGAGCCUUGGAGCUCCAAGCGCAAGGGAAGGAGAUAAUCUUAACAAAUGUUGGAAAUUCUCAUGCUCUGGGACAAAAGCCUAUAACUUUUCCUUGCCAGGUGGUUGCUCUGUGUCAAGCUCCAUUUCUGAUGGAUGAUCCGAAUGUGGGAGUACUAUUCCCUGCAGAUGCCAUUGCCAGAGCUAAACAUUACCUGUCAAUGACCUCGGGCGGUCUAGGUGCUCACUGCAACGGAGGUGGCCUUCUUGGUAUCAGAAAAGAGGUGGCAGAGUUUAUUGAGAAGCGAGAUGGGUAUCCAAGCAUUAGCGAUCCGGAGCUUAUAUAUCUGACAGACGGCGCCAGCAAAUGAGUGAUGCAAAUCUUGCAAACCAUUAUUUGUGGUCAAGGUGACAGGAUUUUGGUUCUUGUUCCACAGUAUCCACUAUAUUCGUUUUAUGAACAGGUUGAUGAAUCUGUUCACAAGUUAGACAGUCGUGUUCCCCCUGCCGCGAAACAGCUAUCAAGCUGUGCCUUGAUUGCAGCUCAGAGUGCUUCUGCCUCUGCUCGGGCUGUGGUGUUUGUAGAGAAUGUGAACUUGGUGGAUACCGUCUCAGGACUUGCCAAAACCACAUAUGCAAAGUGUGACCCUGCUGCCAAGGGGAUGUAUAUGAAAUAUGAGCCAGUGGCUGAGCAAUGAGUGCUAUUUGCCUAUUUAGCAUAUUUACCCAUGGGUAAAUAAAUUUACCCAACUCCAAAAUUUUAUCUUUUAUGUUUAUGUUGAGGUAUUCUAUUUGCUCUGCACAAUGCCAUUUUACUCGAGGUCAAUUUUAUAUUUUAAUUAAUUUGCAUGAGUGUUCUUAUACAAGCUAGCAUACUAAUGGGUAGAUAUGGUUAUGCAUCUCCUGAGUAAAUAGUUACAGGUAAUUAUUGACUGUAGUACAUAUGUCUGUUUUGCUUCUUGCAGAAAUUUAUAGAUCUUUACUUUUUUUAAAAUUAUCUUCUAUGUUUAUGUUGAGGCAAUCUAUUUGCUCUGCACAAUGCCAUUUUACUCGAGUCAAUUUUAUAUUUUAAUUAAUUUCUUGAGUGUUCUUAUACAAGCUCGCAUACUAAUUGAUUAGAUCUUAUGUCUACUAUCAAGGUGCUAUUAACCAGUAUUAAAUUUGUUGAAUUAACCCUAUGCUCGAAAAGUCUUGACGGUGUAGAAAUGUUUGGUUUGACUUCGCCAGCUAUUGUGCAGUUCUAUCUAUAGAGUCCAAGCUCAACUUCUCCUUGCAAAAGGAUAAAGAAAAAAGGCUGGAAACGAGGUUCGAAUACAUUACAGGAUAAAUAGCACUCGAGUACAAUUUGUGGUAACGCGCUCGAUAAGUUACUUUGAGAUCGGAUGAUGAAGAUUCAACAAAGCAUAUCACUGACUGAUUAUCCAGAUUUAUUGAGCAAUAGGUUAUGUGGAUACUGCUUCACCAUCUGCUGGCAGUUCAUGGCAGUCUACGGAAAUGGAAAUGGAAAUUCAGUCCUUGCUUGAGAAACUACUUGAUGUCAAUGAUUCUAUGAGCCGAUGUGCUGCAUCUUCUGCUCCAACUACUUUGGUAACACAGAAACUGGCAAGGCACAGAGACAUACUUCAUGAGUUCACUCAGGCAUUUUUCUGGUAUUGUGGAUUAUACAAACUCUGAUGAUAUGAUAUAUGCUAUUAGAAAAUUGGAUGAGUCGGAGUUUAAAAAUGCCUUUUCCCACGGCGUGAUUCGAGUAAGGUUUAUGAUUCAAGCCGCGGUUCAGGUCACAGAGGCAGGAGUCGUAGCCAAAGCCGAAGUAAGAGUCGGAGCAGGAGCAAGAGCAAGCAAAAGGUUGCAGAACUGAAGUCGAGGUGAAUUUAUUUCAGGGUAGACAUAACAAGAAGAUAUUGCUUUAGUCGAUAAAUUUAUUUUGCUUCAGUACGCCGGUAGCAUAAAAGCUUGCACCGUGGUGGAUGGGAGAGGCUCUGCGGAUGAUCGAUGACACAAAUUUGAUAGGUGGACACCCCUGAUCAUCUGUUUUACCAAGAGCUGUAUCUGUAUCAUAUUAUCAGCCAUAGAUGAUCAAGUCUUCCUUUUGUAUUGUGCUAAAUCUUUCACUGCUGAGAUUGAGAAUCUCAGAAUUCUCCAGCAGUUGUACAUGGCUAGACCAAAUGGUUUUGUCAUCUUUUUCACUGAUGAUCCCAUCAGCAGCUCUCCCGUGUCUUCAUGGAGUUUGCUUCGUUUCUUGGACUCAAAUUUGAAGACUAAUGCUCGGACUGUGUCUGGAGCAUCUGGUAUUCAGUUUGUUCUAACAAUUUAUACCAAUGCAAGAAAGCAUUCCUCCUAGACAUAGCUGGAAACUGCUCACUCACACGUCUUCAAGUAUAGUGCUAGCUAGGUAAGUGUGUAUGUCUGUUCUUCGUAUGAUAUGCAGUUGACUCUUUCAUUACACAUCUAUGUAACUUUGCCUUGGAAAUCUCUUGCUUUUCACAAUUUUGAAUUCUCAAAUGUCCCCGAACUUCUUGCUUUGGGUAGUUCUGGGUAUUUUCAUGAUGGCCACAACCCUGAGGAUGUUUGCAACCUGCCAACGCCUCCAGGCACAAGCCCAAGCUCAUGCCGCUGCCGCCAGUGGUUUGUUAGCUCGCACUAAAUUUCGCCUGCACAUGCCACCAGCCAUAGCUUUGACACAAGAGGGAGAUUAAAAGGAUUGAGACUGCAUCUGGCACUUCUUGACAGUGAAUUUGAUGAUCUAGGUUUGUUGAUACUUAGUAGUAAGAGUUCACUUAUACACAGGGGAUGUAGUUCAAAAGCAUCUUCAUUGCAUUCACAUGCUUGCAAUCAAAUUGUGACUUAAUAGGUCUGUUUGUUUCCAUGUUUAGCUUGCGGGUAUAUGGAGUCAGUGUUUUAUUGUAACAUUGUUUGUUUGUUAUCUCCUUGCAUGAUGAUAGUAUCCUCGGAAUGGUGGCAGAUAGAUGUACAUAUUUUGUUUUUCUUUUUCCUGUAUAACUUGACCGGAAGUUUUUUUUUAUGCGGCAAACUAAGUUGAUUGUACACCUAUCAAAGAGUUGCAGUUAAUUA